ACUAAAACCCCCACCAUCAAAUCAUUAACCAUAAACCAUAUACCAUCAAUCCAUCACACCUAUUUAUUACAACUCGCCCUAUUCAUUUACCAAACAUUGGAUUCAACAAUAUUUAUUGUGUCUUCGCAGCUCAUAUACUCACACAUCUACUGAAUAGACAGACACAUCGUCAAAUAUCAUCCGAUAUGUCGAUGGAUAUAGAUGAUGCGCCUAUAUCCAUAGCGCCAUCGCAAACGGAUUUCGGUGCUGCGCCAACUAUUUUCUGUUGCGACUGCGGUGCUCCCAUUGACGGCACAACUGCUAUCGACGCAAAGUGCUAUGACUGCUUCAAGCUUACCAAAGAUAUCUCCCAAGGCAUUCAACGCGAAGCCGUUCUCCAUUUUUGCCGAGAUUGUGAUAGAUGGCUUCAACCACCCUCUAGUUGGGUAAUAGCCCAGCCAGAGUCUCGCGAGCUUUUGGCUCUAUGUCUGAAGAAGUUAAGUCUCAACCGGACGAGGAUUAUCGACGCCAGUUUCAUAUGGACAGAACCUCAUUCGAGGCGAAUACGAGUGAAGCUAGUGGUCCAGGCCGCUGUCGCAGACGACCGAGUGAUGCAGCAAGCCUUGGAGGUGGUAUACGUUGUUGCUUAUCAGCAAUGCUCCGAGUGUGCCAAAUCCUACACGGCAAACGUGUGGAGAGCCAGCGUGCAAGUCCGACAAAAGGUGCUACACAAGAGAACAUUCUUAUAUCUCGAGCAGCUCAUCCUAAAACACGGCGCCCAUCGCGACACCAUCAACAUCAAGGAAGUCAAAGAUGGUAUAGAUUUCUUCUUUUCCGCGAGGAAUCAAGCCGAGAAAUUUGUCGACUUCUUGAACUCGUGCGUGCCUAUACGACUAAAGAAGGCCCAGGAGCUCAUUUCGCAAGACAACCAUACUGCCAAAAAGUCAUACAAAUUCACAUUCUCGGUCGAGUUAAUACCCAUCUGCAAAGAUGACCUGGUCGCCCUCCCUAUCCCACUAGCCAAGCAAGUCGGAAACAUUUUCCCAUUGGGUAUAUGCUACCGAGUUGGCACAACCAUCAACAUCUUAGAUCCGAACACACUCCAGACAGCAGAAAUCAGCGGACCCGUGUACUGGAGAUCGCCUUUCAACGCACUGGGAGAUACUCAAGAUUUAGUUGAAUUCAUUGUCAUGGACUGUGAGCCCAUAGGCCCCAUGAAGGGAAAAUGGCUCCUAGGCGAAGUGCAACUAGCGCGAGCCUCGGAUCUAGGAUCCAACGACAAGACGUACUUUGCGCGAACGCACCUGGGCGGUUUAUUACAUGCAGGCGACUCUGUUAUGGGAUAUAUGCUCACAGGUACCAACUACAACAACCCCGAGCUAGAAGCGUUAGAAAAUUCGAACACGUAUAUGUCACGUAUCCCCGACGUUGUGGUCGUGAAGAAACACUACCCGAACAGGCGCCGCAACCGUAAGCGCCAAUGGAAGGUCAAGCGCAUGGCCAAGGACGAGGGCGAGAUGCUACCUAAGAAGACAGAUCAAGAGCGCAUGGACCGCGAGUUCGAGCAGUUCCUUCGUGACAUCGAAGAAGACGACGAGUUCCGCCAGGGUGUCCAGCUAUACAAGCAGCCGCCCCGGGCCAAGAUGCCCGAUGAGAUGUCCGUGGCUACGACGGAGGACGGGGACGGCGAGGGUGAUGAUGUGCCGAAUGUUGAUUUGCAGGAGCUGCUGGAUGACUUUGACGACCUUGCAUUGGAGGAGCAGUAGUGGCUGAGGGUUCUCUCAGGUCGGUCGUAGCAUUAUCAAAAGAAUGAACAAAAUUAUAGAUGAGAUGAAUAAGGGCGCUUGCCAUGCUUCCCAUCAUCACUUUUAUAUAUACGGUGAUGCAUGUGAGAAUGUGGUGGUUCAUGAUGUGCUAAUUUUUUAGUACAUAUCUACCUACCUCGGUGCUUAACGCCAUUACAUAUUAGUAGUUUUCACGUCGCGCACAACUGUAAUUAUACCAGGUAUUAAUAUUCUACAAGAGGCGACACUUAAUUUGACCUCCGGUUUAUCUGUGUUGUUGUUCAUAGACAUCUAAACUGAAAUCUCCAUCCUAUCUCCUCCUCUCCCCCUUAACAUUAGAGUAUGGAUAUAUUUUACCCCUUUCCACUCCCACCCCCCGGGUUAGCUACACAGGUAGUUCUUCCAUCAUCCGAUUCUUUCUAGCCACAAAAAAAAAAAAAAAAAAAAAAAAACACUGGUUCCCACUGGCGCCUGGGACGCCUAAAAUGCCUGUUAUGUUAGCUACCGCCACUGCUAUGCUAUGCUAUGCUAUGCUAUG